AUGUCCUUCCGCACCGCUUCGCGUACUUGCGCAAGGCAGGCACGCUUGGUUUUCGCCGCGACUCCCCGCCCGCACAACAGCAGAGCUCGCAUUUCCACAGCAUUGAAAGCGGCACCGUCCACACGGGUGUCAUCCCGGCCAGCCAGCAUUGUCAGCGAGCACGCUCGUUUCUUCAGUAGUAAGAGUAUCGCGGACGAGAAGAUCGAAGAUAUCCAAGAGCUCUAUGCGACCGCCAAGGACGAAUUUGAAAUCGCAGCCGAAGAGACCGAGGCCAACACUGUGUAUGCCGCCGAUGACCGCGCCGCCGCGAGGGAAGCGCUCGAUGAGCUCAAGGAGACGUACGAAGCCGUCGUCAAUGGAGAGAACAGGGAGGUUGCGGAGGAGGUCAAGCGGCGGGUAGGGCAGAGAAUCAGAGAGCUGGACAAUGCUGUGGUAGCCCUCGAAGAGGCUGCGUCGCACGGCGACUAA